AACUUCAUACCUAUUUUGACAAAUGGGCCCCAUAAUGGCUUCCAAGCAACAAGAAAUAGACGUUUUAGAAAGUUGGGAAGAUAUUGAUGAGACUGAUGUUUUAGAGAAAAAGUUCAAUAAUCUUUUAACGCCAAAUAGAUCAUUCGAUAGCAAAAGCAAUGGUACUAUGGACAAUCCUGUGAAAAUCAUAUUAACAGGAGAUGAUGCCUUACGAACACAAUACGUGCCUUCCGAGCCAACAGUGAAAAUUCUCAAAAGACCUUCCAAAGAUACACAAAACAAUGGGGAUUCAAAAGUGUAUCAACCUAAAAAGACUUUACAGCAACGUGAACUAGAAUAUGCCGAAGCUAGGUUGAGAAUAUUGGGUGAAGCCAGCCCAGAUAAAAUCGAAGAAAGAAUUAGUAUAGUGAAACCGGGUUAUUUGGAAAAUGAUAAUGUCAUUAGAAUGCCAAGAGGUCCAGAUGGUACAAGAGGAUUUUGUUUUCGUAGGUAGUACUAUAUAAUUACGGUUUUCAAUUUGUUGUAAACAGUGGGUACAUAUUCAACUACAAAAGGAGCAAAAAGGGACCCUAACAAUGAACAAUCAUUGUUCAUUAAGCAUUAAUUGGGGUCUAAAUUGUGACUCGAAAGACACAUGUGACUACUUUGAUCUAACAGUAGACUUGAUCAAAUUGUUUACUAGAGAUUUUUUAUAUUUUAAUAAUAUGUUGAGUUUUUAGUUUGCUAAAUGAAAUGUUUUUGACUGUAUUUGAACUUUUCGCUAUUGAAAAUUUGUACAAUAUCAAUUUUGAAUCGACUAGGUAGAAAAUAUUUACAUCACAGUCUAAAGAAUGAUUGGGCAAUAUUUGCCGAAAAAAAGCUCAAAGUGAUAGUAUAGUAGGGUAUAAAAAACCAUGUAAACUAAAAAGAACUGAUUAAAGUUAAGAUAUUUUAGAUACCCACUAAAAAAAAAAUAAGUUAUACAGUUGGUCAGAAGAUAACCAACAAUGAGCAGAUGCUCAAAUGUGACCAGAAAACGAUUCAUAUAUCAUUUAAGCGAAUGACACUAUUAGUAGUGAGGUUAUUUUGGAAGGUACGUCAAUUUUUCCAAAAAAAAUUGAUUGUAUUUGUUCAAUGAUGCAUCAGCAUUGUAACAGCGAGCUGAUUACUGGGUAAGUAUCAGCAUCUCGACUACUGAGUGAAAGAAAUUGUGUAAAAUUGACUUUUACUAUAUUUCUAUACUAAAUACAAUGUUUAGCACCACUACACUAACACUUACAGUACCGUAAGCCUUUAAGGCGCAUGACUUUUUUUCUUAUUGGUCUUCAGCUGUUUUUUUCAAUUCCUCUGCCAGUUGCAAUUUUAGUCUUUUUUACUCCAAUUGGGUUCUAUCAGUCUAAUAUCUUCUAACAAUGCAUCCAAAUACUUUUUCUUCUACAUUCUUCAUCUUCUUUUACCUCCUUUCUUUUCUUCAAUUGAUGUUUUUGCAUAUAUGUUAUCUGGCAUCCUUUUGGUAUAUUCUAACCACUCUUUGAACUUGCAUAAAACUUGCUACUAAUGGAUAAUGAAUAAGAUUCUUCAUUUAUUGGUUAGUUCUUCUUUUUAAAAGUUUUUACUCUUCCAAAGAUUUUUUAACACUUUCUUUUUAUAUAUAAAAAGAUCUUUCACAAAUUCUGCUCAAUAAGCUGUAAUUCUAAACUUUUGCAACAAUGAAUCUACUUUUUACUCGGCAUUCAUCUUCUUCUUUUACCUCUUUACACUUCCUCAAUGACCGUUUUUGCUUAUAUAGUUUCUGACAUCCUUUUAUUGUGUCCCAAUCACUCUUUGAGCUUGUAAGAAAACUUUUUAAUAGUUAUUUACAAACAUUUUUUCAGUUUUUGGUUAGUUCUUCUUUUCUAAAGUUGUUUAUCUCUCAAAUAUUUUCUUCGAUAAUUUCAUUUACCCAGUUUUGUUUCUUUCCGGCUUUGUUAAAACCCAUGUUUCACUUCCAUAUACUACUGCUAAUCAUAUUAUUCAAUAUAUCAAAUUUUGAUUACCGUAGAUAAUUCUUUUCAUUUUAACAACUCACUCAAUGAUUAUUUUCACUAUUUUAUUUAUUUCGAUUUGUGCUUAGUUUUUAUUUGAUUCUGGUAUGGAUGUUAUUGGUCAUAGAAUCAUGAUGUACUUUCAUCAUAAUAUGUGAAGGCUACAUAUUCACCUUAUAUUUAUAUUCCUAUUUUGGAAUAAUAAAUCUAUUUAUUGCAAUCUAUUCUUCAUUCUGUACAGUUUUAAUCUCUAUCUUUUAUUUUCUAGCAAUUACAUUUUAGCUUAGCUUUUGUUUUCCCUUGAUUUGAAAGUAGACUUUCUGAAGAUGAUAGCUUGGUUUAUAGAAACGUGCGAAAAAGAAAUUCGAGGAUUGUUUGAAAAGUUCCCAAGUUGAACAUGAGGAUAGCAAAACUUUUCAGCUUUUUUGAUAUGUAAACGCGUCAUUGGUGUUGAUGUAGUGGUAGUAAACAGUGUCGGUACGAAAUGAGCGGUUUCAGAGGUUCCAAUUUGAAGAAAAUGGUCUCGAGAGUUAUUAUUCUCGAAUAGUAAAUAUGAUAUUUAAAAUUAAUCGAAAUAUAUUUGGUGUAUUUAUUAUAUUUAAUUGCUUUAUCAUCGUUUGGUGUCUAAUAAUGCUGUUAAUUGAAAUGUGAAGAGACACCAGAUGGUUAAUUUUAUUAUUUUACCGUUACAUAAUUUUCAGUUUCUGAAAUGUUCAAAUAUAAAUCACAUAUUUAUUAGUUAAUCGAUUAUUGUUAAUUCUUACAAAAUGACCUUCUUUUUAUACAUAAAAACAUGGUAUUUUAGUAAAGUUGUUUGUUGUGGGAGUAGUGACAAAAAAUUGAGUUAUUUUGUAAGUUUUUGUAUGCAUAAAUAUCAUGACAUUUUUUUUUAAAUUAAGUAUUUGAGAAAAUAUCUAUUCAAUAAAUAAGUUAACAAAGUUCACGAAGAAUGAGAAUUUGGUGGUCAUUUAUUUACAUUACAGUCCAGAACUUUGGGAAGCGUGAAGUUAGUUGAAAAUUAAACUUGAGGUAAUAAAAAUUGUACUUAUAGUGUAUAAAUUGAAUUAAAACUGCAUCAAACUGUCACCUUUUUAUCGUAUCAUAAUUCUAUUUACUUAAUUUCUCUAAAGUGAUUAAAAAGUCUUCAUUUCUUGUUCAAAAAGCUCUGCAAACUUAUAUACAUAUUUAUGAUUAUUAUACUAUACUUUAACAAACUUCUAGCUGUAGAAAAUUAAUUGCUUCUUCCUAUUAUUACCAAUUUACAGUUCAAUAUUCUCAUAAACCUUGAAAAUCUACAGGAUCCUCCAAAAUAUGAUAAAAAAAGUUUGUUACAAUUAUUUCCAUAACAACCAAGGAUUUUUAGUAUAAAAAUCCUUAAACUGAUACUACACGUGCUCAUAAAGUAUGUCAAUUCAAUCAAACUGCAUCAAAUUGUCUCUUUUCUAUGUUUUCAACAUUUUAAUUACCUAAUUUCUGUAAAGUGAUUGAAAAGUCUUCGUUUUUCAUUUGAAAAGCUCUGCAAACUUAUAUACAUAUUCAUGAUAAUUAUACUAUAGUUGUGAAAAAUUCGUUGCUUCUUCCUAUUAUUCCCAAUUUACAGUUUAGUAUUCUUGUAAACCUUUAAGACGUGACCAAAAAAAUUUGUUACAAGUUUUGAAAUUUCAUUUCAUCUCUAACAAUGAGUAUCGUUUAAAUUCAACCAGAAGUGCUCAACACGUAAGGAAAACUUUCGUAUUUCGAGGUUAUGUUUGUUAUCACUUUAGUUUCAUAAAUUAUUAAUGAGUGUAUGCUGCUGAUGUUUAAUUCUAUUAAAUUUACAGUUUUGUAGAAAAACUAUGAGUUUUAGAAAUUAUCAACAUAACAAUAUGAAAAACAAACAUUCUUAUCCAAAAAGAAGUCAUCAAAAAAAAUUGAAUAUAAUAACAUACUUUUCUUAUUUUUUGCAUUUUCUCGUUUGUUAAUUAAUUUGCGUAUGAAAUACAAUGUCCAUAUCGUUGAUUUUCUAUAUUUACAACUCGUACUAAAACGAAAACAAAUAUUUAAAAAUAUUCGGAACAUUUUAACUACUGAAUGACAAGUGACAUUAGCUAGUGACAUAUGAACUAUUCUAUAUCUAUAUAACACAUGUAAUAGCUGAUUUUAUUUUAACCAAUAAACAAUUUACGGGGGUUAAUGAACAAGUAAUUCAGAUCAUCCUAAUGUUAUACAAUAAAGGUUUAUAACAAAAAAAAAUGAAAAGCAAAUGUAUGAAAUUCUCAUAAUUUAGUAUCUCAAAUUAUUUAUAAACAAAUUACACGCAGUGUCGUCAUGAUCAUAACCUAAAAAUACAUCGAUUAAGCACUUCUGGGUGAGUUAAAUCUCAUUUUUUAAUCACAUACUUUGUUUCAAAUAGACGGGCUUUCCAAUUUUUCAUACUGUCAUGAUUAUAAAUGUAUCCAAGGAUAAUUUUUACAAUUAAAUAGUAUAUAUCGAAUCUUAAAUCAUUUUGUAGUUUGACGCCUUUUACCAAGAUAUAUAAAUAGCGUUUGGAAUCAUUGCUACGAUAUACAGGGUUACUCAUAACGUUUUGAUAGUCGCAUUUUUAUUAAAAACAUGACAGUUGAAACUUAUGUUUAUAUUUACAAUAUCUAUUCAUUGGUCUGUAAAAAACAUUGAACGAAAUAAUUCUCUUGUACAUUAACACAAACAAUUAAAAAGUAGAAUUAAUUGAAAAAAAAAGUAUUUAAAUGUGUGAUGAGGUACUAUCAGUCAGGGUGUGACAUAAACUAAGCCUAUUAAGUAAUCUAAGGUAAAGAAAUCUAAAUGAGAAGGGGGUGGCCUCAGAUUGAAUUUUUCAGGAAGUAUGUCAUCAAGUUUUCCCACAAAAACGUCAGGAGAUGCUGCCACGAUAUUGUUUGCUUUUAAGGGAAUAUAUCUUUGUGUCAUUAAUGAUCUACGAUACCUAUCAAACUUUGGGUUAAAUGUACCGUACCAAACAUUGAUUGAAAAUUAGUUUUUCGCAUCUGUUUUGGACAAAUAAAGACAAUUACGGCAGUUAACAAAAUCUUACAUAACUGCAUAAUAUUUUAACUAUUUUUAAAUUUGAAAAAAAACCAUUUAACGUUAACAUAACAAAAUUUUCGUCUGUCAACUGCUUUUUUUAACCUUCUCUUAGUUUUUCAGUCAUCGGACUGUCUAUUUUGUAUACCUAAUAUCCUGUAUCGUUUUUCAUUAAUCUAUUUUAAAUAUAUAUAGUUUUAAUUUGAUCUUUUAGUCACGAUAUAAAUUUAUAAAAUAAUUUGAGAUGUCAAUUCUAAUUUUUUAUCAUUUUUUGGUAUCUAGCUGCGUUUAAUUAUGAUUGUCCUUGGGUGUUUGUGUAAAUUUUCACCACUAUAAUUGUGAAUUUAACGCGCUUUAUUUUAUAUUUUGUAAAUAUAUUCUUAUAAUUACCACAGAAUAUUAACUAAGCUUCGUAAUAAACAAAAUACGGUUGUUGGAAGUAGAGAAAGUACGUAAAUUGGAAUUCAAUAUGUAGAAAUGUUUAACGUUAGUGGUAUAGUUCGAGGAAAUAAUUAAUUUUCAAUGUGAAGUUAUAAAAAUCGACGAAAACACCUGAAUAUUUCACAUUUAAUCGUUUUUCUUUCAAAUAUUUAGCAUUAUAAUGAAAAAUAUUUUUCUCAGUGUAACUAAUAGAGGUUAUUCAUUCAAAAUAUUUUGUUGCCAAAUGACGUCACGAUUUCUAAAUCGUUAAUGACUUUUAGAACAAGUGUGUUUGACGGAAUAAAAAAUUCUGUACCACUACCCAGGGGCGGCUCAUGCCCAAUGGUUAACAUUCCGUAACUUCUAUAGCAUUGUUUUCAUGUUAUCUACUUCCGAAUUUUUUUCAUAAAGUCCCGAAACACCCUGUAUAAUCACGUAAAAAGUCGUAUUCUAGUUUUUCAUGGAAUUAUCUAAUGUUUGAUUAUAUAUGAAUUCUCAAAAUGGAAAAUAUUACUACGUCGAAAAUUUGAGUAAUUUUUUGAAUUGUAAAAAUUAAUAAACUCCCGUUUAGUGUUUAUUUUGUGGUGAGUAUAUCUAAUUUAAAAUCUUAUAUAUUUAGUAAACCUGUUUUGUUUAAUUUUAAGCCAUAUUUUUUGUAUGUAUUGUGCAAUUUAAUAAAAAUGUGUUAUUUUUUAUUGAAAA